UUUGCCUUUUUUCACCAUAGUUUCUGGGAAUAAUGGGGAAAAAGGCUAAGAAAAAGGCCAGAAGUGUUGUCAAGGAGAAGCGGAAUCCCUUCACUUCUACAAAUCCAAUUGAUCAAAAUAGCAGUCAGACUAUUGGUACUCCUGAUGAUAGAGUAGUUGUGGUAAAUGAUAGAAUAGAAUGUCCACAUGUCGAUAAGGGUAUUGAUGUGGAGAAGGUCUCCGCUAAACUUGAGUCUUCGGAACCUGUUAGGUGUGACGAUUGCAGGGAAGGAGUAGCUAAUAGACGAGCUAGUAAGACGAAAGUCAAACAUGGGAAAAAGAAGGGAGGCGCAGAUCCCAAGCAGGGGUCUAAAGCCAUUUGGAUCUGUUUAGUAUGCGGCCAUUUCUCGUGUGGAGGUGCUGGGUUCCCUACUACACCUCAGAGCCAUGCAGUUCGGCAUGCAAGACAGCACCAUCACCCUGUCGCUGUACAAUUUGAAAAUCCUCAACUGCGCUGGUGUUUUCCGUGUAGCACACUGAUUCAUGCUAAGAAAGUAGAGGAUGGCGGUGAACAGAAAGAUGUAUUUCAGGACAUUGUGAAGAUGAUUAAAAAGCGGCCAUCUGAAGGGACGGCUAUUGAUGUGGAGGCUGUUUGGUUUGGGAGUGGGAGUAUCACUAGCGGGAUCAAAUCAGAAGCUUCUGCUUCACUUGAUGCUGAUGGAAAAAGUGGUUAUACAGUUAGGGGACUGGUUAAUUUAGGGAACACAUGUUUUUUCAAUUCAAUAAUGCAGAGCCUACUGGCAAUGAAUAGACUACGGGAUUACUUCCUUAAGUUUGAUGGAUUUGCUGGUCCUAUUACUGCUGCUCUGAAGAAGCUCUUUUCUGAGACUAGUGAAGGUGCCUUGAAAAAAACUGUAAAUCCAAAAGCUUUCUUUGGUUCAAUCUGUGCCAAGGCUCCACAAUUUCGAGGAUACCAACAGCAGGACAGUCACGAAUUGCUUCGUUGUUUACUUGAUCGUCUGUGUACUGAGGAAUUGACCGCCAGAAAACAAACCAAAUCUUCUCAGGAUGGUGGCAAGUCCCUAAGUGCAUGUCCAACUUUUGUUGAUGACAUCUUUGGUGGUCGACUCUCGAGCACUGUUAGUUGUCUGGAGUGUGGGCACACUUCAGUAGUGCAUGAACCGUUCUUGGAUCUCUCAUUGCCCGUUCCAACUAAAAAACCUCCAGCUACAGGAGCUAAAUCAGUAUUCCGUGCCAAAAAAUCAAAACCUCCUAUGAGAAGUGUAAAAGCUCUCCCUAAAGUUAGCAGAGAUGCAGCUCCCCUUAAUGCUCAAAGUGCCCAAGGAGAUGAGGAGAAAUCUGUCACUGAAGAAAGGGCAGUUCCUUCUGCUGAUGUAUCGCAAGAUUCCAUUGAUGCUCGUGUUAUGGCUGAAAAUAUGGGUUUAACUUCACAGAACUUAUGUUCCUCUCCUAAGUCCGAUAAUGCGCAAAAUUGCGAGGGCGUGUCUAGGCAGUUGGCUUCAGUGGACAAUUUCACAUGGUUGGAUUAUCUCGAUCAGGAUACACUGCCAAAUGGUGAUGACGUGGUUUCACAAGUUGAUCACAUGCUGACUAAUCAGAUUUCUGAAACUGAAAAUUCUGUUCAACCUGUUGAUGCUUUGCAGAAUAAUCUGGAUGCUGAUACAGAGAUGAAGUUGACAUGUAUAGACAACGCUUGUUCACCUAAUGAUGUAAUGUGCUUGAAUGAUCAAGGACAAUCCAAAUCACCAGACUGCGAUAUAGCUUCUGAAUUCAGUAAAAAGUUGCUGGUUAAAGACUCUGGAAUGACAGAUGCCAUAAAUAUUGAGCAUAGCUCAGCAUUCUGCAGCCAGAUUUGCUCUGGGGAUUCAAAUCUUGGAACAGAUUCAUAUACGAAGCUGUCGGAAGAUGAAGCCCCUUUACUGUUACAAGAUUCCGAGGUUCUGUUACUUCCUUACAAAGAAAUAACCUCAACUGCUGGUGACAUGUUAAAAGGAGGUUGCGAGGCAUCCUCAGCUGCUGCUGUUUGCGAACAAGAUUCAUUGGACUUCAAUGGUUUUGGAGACUUAUUUAAUGAACCUGAUUCUGAUGCACAACCUUCUGAACAGCCUUUUUGCAGUGCUGCCGCUUCUCAGGCCAAUGGUAGCAGCGAGUCUGAUCCGGAAGAGGUUGAUAAUAGAGAUGCUCCAGUGUCAGUGGAGAGUUGUUUGGCUUAUUUUACAAAGCCCGAGCUUCUUUCCAAAACUGAACAUGCUUGGAAAUGUGAAAAUUGCACAAAAGUUCUAAAAGAAAAGAGGAUGAGAUUCAAGAAUAAAUUGACGAAGCCUAGAUCACAUAAUAUGAUGAACGGACACGAGGACCAAAAUCCAAAUGGUGAAUCUUCUUCAGGAGAAACUUUUGACGACAGGUUGUCCCAAAACGGAACCAGUCCUCGCGCUGAGCAAGAUUCAGCCUCUUGGCUAUCAGAAAACGGCACACAGGAAAAUCAGGGUGAAGCUAAUAGCCAAGUGAAUAGUGGCUUUAAGAGCAAUGAAGUUCAACUGCUGGAAGCUCCAUCAGUUUCUGCUAAUUCUGAAUCUGAAGAAAGUGAGGAUGAGGAGACAGAUGUUAAAUGUGUUAAAGUUGAGAGAGAUGCAACGAAAAGGAUCCUAAUUGAUAAGGUCCCUCCUAUUUUGACGAUUCACCUGAAGAGGUUCAGUCAAGAUGCUCGAGGGCGCCUGAGUAAGCUGAGUGGCCAUGUGAAUUUUAGAGAUACCAUUGAUCUCAAACCAUAUAUUGCAACCAGGUCCCUGCAGAAGGAGAUAUACAAAUACCGACUUAUUGGUGUAGUGGAACACUCGGGGACGAUGAGGGGAGGUCAUUAUGUUGCAUAUGUUAGGGGAGGUCCUAAGAUCACAGGGAAAGACAAGAAUGCGGAAGAUUUUGCGUGGUAUUAUGCAAGCGAUGCUUAUGUUCGUGAGGUUUCUUUGGAAGAAGUUCUUCGUUGUGAAGCAUACAUUUUGUUCUAUGAAGAAACUUGAUAUAUAUAUAUAUAUAUAUAAAAUUCUGAAAUUUAUGAUUAUUUUGGGGCAUACACAUACACAGAGAAGGAAAGGGAAGGGGUGUGCUAGGGGAGAGUGAGUGUAUUACUACAUUCUCUCAAUAUUAACACCCAUUUUUUGUUUUUUGUUUUUUUUCCUUUUUCAAAUUUUGAUGUGCUAUAAGCUUAAGGAAGUACAUCUUCGAAAAAAUGUAUAACUUGAGAAUGAGAAUAUGAUUAAUUUUGCAUUUUGACUCAUCA